GGGCAACAACACUACUGACGAAGCUCUCGAGAUCACUUUCAAAAUGAACAACACCAACGUCAGCCAGGCCUGGAAUGUAACAGGGCCGAGAAAACGACCCGACUUUUCUGCAGCCUAUAUUGCCAGUGGUGUCAGCGAGACGCUGCUGAUACCAGUAAUAAUCAUUGGCAAUCUAAUCAUCAUCACAUCAAUACUCACAAAUCGGACACUCAGGCAAGACUUCCGACACCUAGGCAUGGUCAGCGUGUCCAUAGCAGACCUGUUGACAGGACUGAUAACAUGUCCAAUAAUAGCGGAAUACAUGCUGAUCAGCCGAGAGCGCCUGUCAUGUGCAAAGUUUCUUAUGGUAUCCAUUUACGACAUGUAUGUCCAGAGGUUUGUCGUAACGUGGGGAAUAGUAAGCCUCAACGCCGACUAUUUGCUGACGUUGCAUUGUGUGAAGAUGCAGUUAUCUCCCUUUAUGCGGAAAUUUGUCAUCGGUACAUUUUUGGCCCUACCCUGGCUGGCGAUGCUUGCGGUUGUUUUGCCAAUCGCAUAUACUCACGUUGGCAGCGUACGUUUAUCAAGAAUGUGUGUACUAAACAUGUCUAAUGCUGCAGAAAUACUGGUGGCGUGUUUUGCGGCCGUGGUACCUGCAAUACUAGCAUUUCUGCAACUGAUUCAUAUGAUCAUCUUAUACCGUUGCCGUAAUUCAAGACAACACGUGCAUCCGGAAACCAAUAACGCCGGGUCGUCUGCGACUCCUUGGAUGCUCGUAUGUGUAACUAUGGCAACGAUUCUCAUGGCAUUACCGCAAGAAGCAGUUUCACUUUGGCUAAGAACAGUGAGACGAAUAUCAAACUUGUACGUGUACAUAAUAGUUGCUUUUUUCAGUUUUAUUGUUGGCGAUGCAAGAAGUGCAGUCUUGCCUUUCAUCUGGUGCAUGGAAGCAGAUGUACGUGUCGCAGUAAAGGAUCUGUAUAACAGGUUACCAUGGAGAAGCUCUCUUCAGAGGUUCAGAAGAGACCUUACUGUGGAUUAUCGGAACUUCUAAUUAUGGCUAAUUAUGUAACAGUCAUUAUCGAGCCAAGUAAAAUGGUAAAAAUCUGAGUAAUGUAAUGAUUAAUACAUAGAUUGUCACUUUGUUCAAAGUGCCUUUUGUCUUGUCUUUCGGUUUAGUGUGACAUGUGGUGUAUACAUGGAGCAUGAUAUUGUCACAACAAGUCGAAGUCAACAAGUCAAUAACAAGUCAAAGGCAUUUCAAUUUCAGCAUCUAUCGAAGAAAUAUCGCCACCAUUAAGACGCGUUUUCUUAGAGCAACGUCUUGCAGUAUCCGUACGCUUUGAUGACUAUUGUAUAAGUAAUAGGAUAUAGACUGCUGAACUAUUGUAAACGUUGGUAUACAUGUCAUCAGCACCUUCAUGUUAUUAUGGUUUUGUAGUCCAUCAUAACCAUAUACGCUAAAGGCAUCGUGUAUAAAAGUGAAAAUAAUUUACAUUGCUGUCAGGAAAAUAUUCUUCGACUGUAAAAUCAGCUUCUCUUGGCAAUUUUUUUGAACGUGUAGAUUACUCCGAUAAAGGCUUCACGUUUUUCAUUUGACUGUUCAUUCAGCAUCAACACUAUGAAUCCUCCUAUUAUUGUCAUCGUUCGUUUGAAUUUACUUAUUCCAGGAACCAAUUUACUGUUCAAUACCAUGUCUGGAUAUAAGCUUAUCUGAUCCACAUGUAAAUUUGUUUUCGCCUGUUUUAAACGGCGUGACACCAUUUCCGUUGUGAAAAAAACAAAGCCAAACUAUAGAUCCAUAUCUGAUUUUGUGUAGACAGUCAUGUAUUCUUUGUGUGGUAACAAUACAACGUUGUAUUUUAUUUAGUACAAAGUAAAAGGCAGACAUUUCAAAUGGCGUUCUUGAAGUUCUUGUUGAAUUCAGUCAGUGUAUGUUUUGUGAUUAAUUUGUUUAUGGAACCUAUUUCCUAUUUUGCAACAUUUUUAACAAAUUGUCGCCGAAUCUCAGAAAUGGAAAUUGACAAAGUACACACCCUAAAAUUUUACUUUCAAAGAAACGUUUUUAGGUUUUAGAUAUGUUUAUUUGGUCAAGUUGUCAUGUUUGGAAUGCUUUCGUUACAUUUCGUUUAAAAAAAUCAACAACCCCAAACAAACUGAGACGUAUUCUGAUGUAACAAGUCUUAAAGUAGUACUGUCCUUUCAUCAAUCUCAAACGUAUUCUGUGGAAGGAAACUAUGCUAACAUUAAAUAUCUGCUUUAAUAACGUAAUGAAUGAACGAAGAUGAAACGUGUCUUGUUGAUCUAUUUAUCACCCCUGAUAGAAGUCAGAUGUCAGAUCAGUCAUCCACUCAUUGAUCAUUCUCUCCAGGACGCUCAGAGGCACCGGACCAUUCUUUAGCAGGAGGGCAUGGAAAGCCUUCAGGUCGAAUAGCGGGCCUAAACAUAAAAAUAGAGUGAGUCUGAAUAGUAAAAUAUCUUUGGCAAGCAGUGGUAGCAUACAGGUGAGGUGAAAUUGGGUUUAACGUCGUGCUUGAGAAUAUUUCGCUCAUAUGACGACGUGCACGCGUGUGUAGGUAGCAUUCAGUGUAUGAAUGAACCUGAAAGAACUGUUCACAUUUGUUUGGCACUUAAGAUCAGAAGAUAUAUGAUGCCAAUGGAAAAUUAACAUUCCUCUAUGUACUGUUUACCUAGGGUAAUACUUUUGUGCUGGAUAUAUUUUGUUUGAACACGUAUGUACAUUCCUUGAAGCACUGUGUACUGAAGAUAACAUUUGUAGACAGCUGGAAUAUUUUGCAUUAUUCACAAAUGUACAUUAUUUGAUGCACUGUGUACUGAAGAUAACAUUUAUAGGCAGCUGGAAUAUUUGUAUUAGUCACAUAUGUACAUUAUGUGAUGCACUAUGUACUGAGGAUAACAUUUAUAGAUACCUGGAAUAGUUGUAUUAGUCACAUAUGUACAUUAUUUGAUGCACUGUGUACUGAAGAUAUCAUUUAUAGAUACCUGGAAUAUUUGUAUUAGUCACAUAUGUACAUUAUGUGAUGCACUAUGUACUGAAGAUAACAUUUAUAGAUACCUGGAAUAGUUGUAUUAGUCACAUAUGUACAUUAUUUGAUGCACUGUGUACUGAAGAUAUCAUUUAUAGAUAGCUGGAAUAUUUCGUUCUAUCGAACGUGUAUAUUGCCUAUAACGAUGUCGUAUAUACAUGUAUAU